UAGGCUAAUUGAAAGUAAACUGAGUUCAGUGAUUUGUAAGAGCUCCUUAUUUUUACAAUAAUUCAUCGACAACUAUGAAGCUUCUACUGGAUCUGCUGUGUUUGUGUCUUCUGUGUUUGACCGGGAAAACACUUUGUGAUGAAAACGGAGACAUCGACAGAGAUGGAGCUUCUUCCUCUUCUGUGUCUCUGCCUCCUGACUCGCUCUGGAAUCACGUCUGCUCAACUAAACGGACCAAAAAACAUCAAAGUGGAAGGAGGGACUGAUGUUGUGUUACCCUGUUCUCUCAGCACCAAGGAGAACGUUGAGUUAAAACUCUUUGACUGGAGGAAAGAUGCUCAGAAAGAUGAUGGUCUGAAGGAGGUGUUCAUGUAUGACUCAGGCAAUCAUUACAACAAUGGUCGAGAUGGUCAGAGUGAAGAGUUCAAAGGUCGAGUCUCUCAUUUUCAAGAUGAAUUGAAAUACGGCAACGCCUCCAUAAUCAUCAGAAAUACAAAGGUGACUGACAGUGGAGAAUACAGCUGUUAUUUUCCUCGUCUUCGGCCACCUCAAAUAUUCUACAUUGAGCUUGUUGUUGAGCCAAAAGUCAUCACAGUGAAAGAAGACAGUGAUGUUGUGUUACCCUGCUCUCUCAGCACCAAGGAGAAUAUUACUUCAAAACAGUUUGACUGGAAGAAAGUUGCUCAGAAAGAUGACUGUCAGAAGGAUUUGUUCUAUUAUAAUGGAGGCAGCAAUGAUAACAAAAACUGCUUUCCAGGUCAAGUCUCACAUUUUCCAGAUGAACUGAAACAUGGCAAUACCUCUAUAAUCAUCAGAAAUACGAAGGUGAUUGACAGAGGAGUCUACACCUGUGAUUUUCCAAAUCUUCAGCCACCUCAAAAAUUCCACAUUAAGCUUGUUGUUGUCGGUGCAGCUUUAAAACCAUCUCUUACAAUACUUGAUGCAACAGCAGACUCGGCGCUGCUGCAGUGUGAAGUUCAUGGCAAUCCAAAACCUAAAGUAGAGCUGCAGGACAGUGAUGGAAACAACCUUAAUGCUAAAGUAACACAGGACUCAGAAAGAGAAGGCAGCUUCUACAUCACCCUCCAAACUACUGUGACCAAGACCGGCACCUAUCGCUGUGUAGUCACACAGGAGGAAAUCAAACAUCAGAUUUAUGCUGAGACCUCUGUGCAUAUCAGUGGGCCAAAAGUCAUCACAGUGGAAGAAGGCAGUGAUGUUAUUUUACCCUUUUCCCUCAGCACCAAGAAGGACAUUCCGUCAACAGAGUUUAUCUUGAAGAAAGUUUCUCUGAAAACUGAUGAUGGUCAGAAGGUGUUCCUCUAUGAUAAAUGCCAUUUUUACAGUUUCGAGUGUCCAGUUGUGUAUGGACUAGGGAGGAACAUGAUGUUCUGCUUCUUGGUAAAGGGAGUGUCUACGGUGCGAAGGUCAAGAGUGGGUAUCAGGAGUGAACUAGACACUGUGUUGGCUGUGAUAGCAGAAGUUGUGCAUGAAGACAUUUCCGAGGAUAACGCGCUCACAUCCACCGUGUGA